CCUAUGAAAUGGUGUCAGCUGGCCAAGUUAUCUCUGAUACUUAAAGGACACAUCGUUUUGUUGUUGUUGUUUGUUUUUUUGAGACAGGGUUUCACUGUGUAGCCCUGGCUGUCCUGGAACUCACUCUGUAGACCAGGCUGGCCUUGAACUCAGAGAUUGGCCUACCUCUGUGCUGGGAUUAAAGGUGUGCACCACCGUUGCUGGCCCCAUAAAUUCAUUUUUAAAACUAGUCUUUAAUUAUCAUUUCUCUUCAAGUUUCUCCGAGAUGUAAAAGCUCCAGGUCUCCGGCUGGUUCUAACUCCUGCUAAUAGCACCCUCCUCUCCUGAACCCCCCUCCACCUCACCUCACCCAAGUCUAGCACCAGCGUUCAGAGGCCUGGCAACUAUUAGCAAGGAUGUCAGAUGGAAACUUAAGAGGUCGGGAUGUCGGAAAUAAAGGUGUGAAGGUGGGGAGGAAGAAUUGUUUGGGCUUUGAGACCGGGAUCUCCUAGGUUCCUGCUAGACCAAUCUGCAGCUUUUGCAAACAGCCUUAAUGUCAUCAGCGCCCCGCUGCGGAAUUCAAAGCUCAGCUUGUCACGACUGUUAACACCUUCUUUGACCAGCUUCUUUUUAUUUGACAAUUUUUUCUCCUCUGUUCCUCUCUCUUGCCACCGGGAAGGUUCCAGAAGAACACUGGUUUAGAAGUCGGGGAAGAUACACUCUGUGCUAGCCGCUUGCAGGAUGCCGGUACAGCUGACUACAGCCCUGCGUGUGGUGGGCACCAGUCUGUUUGCCCUGGUGGUGCUUGGGGGCAUCCUGGCAGCCUAUGUGACAGGCUACCAGUUUAUCCACACAGAAAAGCACUACUUGUCCUUCGGCCUCUACGGUGCCAUCCUGGGUCUACAUUUGCUCAUCCAGAGCCUGUUUGCCUUCCUGGAGCACCGACGCAUGCGCAGGGCAGGGCGCCCGCUGAAGCGACGUUCGGUGGCACUCUGCAUUGCUGCUUACCAAGAGGACCCUGAGUACUUGCGCAAGUGCCUGCGUUCAGCUCAGCGCAUCGCCUUUCCAAACCUCAAGGUGGUCAUGGUAGUGGAUGGCAAUCGCCAGGAAGAUGCCUACAUGCUGGACAUCUUCCACGAGGUGCUGGGCGGCUCUGAGCAAGCUGGCUUCUUUGUGUGGCGGAGCAAUUUCCAUGAAGCAGGUGAAGGAGAGACAGAGGCCAGCCUGCAGGAAGGCAUGGAGCGCGUGCGAGCCGUGGUGUGGGCCAGCACCUUCUCAUGUAUCAUGCAGAAAUGGGGAGGCAAGCGUGAGGUCAUGUACACAGCCUUCAAGGCCCUUGGCAACUCAGUGGACUACAUCCAGGUGUGUGACUCUGACACUGUGCUGGAUCCAGCCUGCACCAUUGAGAUGCUUCGAGUCUUGGAAGAAGAUCCUCAAGUAGGGGGCGUUGGAGGAGAUGUCCAAAUCCUCAACAAGUAUGACUCAUGGAUCUCCUUCCUGAGCAGUGUGCGGUACUGGAUGGCCUUCAACGUGGAGCGGGCCUGCCAGUCCUACUUUGGCUGUGUGCAGUGUAUCAGCGGGCCUCUGGGCAUGUACCGCAACAGCCUCCUUCAGCAGUUCCUGGAGGACUGGUACCACCAGAAGUUCCUAGGCAGCAAGUGCAGUUUUGGGGAUGAUCGACACCUGACCAAUCGAGUCCUGAGUCUUGGCUACCGGACUAAGUACACAGCACGCUCUAAGUGCCUCACAGAGACCCCCACCAAGUACCUCCGAUGGCUCAACCAGCAGACCCGCUGGAGCAAGUCAUACUUCCGGGAAUGGCUCUAUAAUUCUCUGUGGUUCCAUAAGCACCACCUCUGGAUGACCUAUGAAUCGGUGGUCACGGGCUUCUUCCCAUUCUUCCUCAUUGCCACAGUCAUACAACUUUUCUACCGUGGUCGCAUCUGGAACAUUCUCCUCUUCCUGCUGACGGUGCAGCUGGUGGGCAUUAUCAAGGCUACCUAUGCCUGCUUCCUUCGAGGCAAUGCAGAGAUGAUCUUCAUGUCUCUCUACUCCCUUCUCUAUAUGUCCAGCCUCCUGCCAGCCAAGAUCUUUGCCAUUGCUACCAUCAACAAGUCUGGCUGGGGCACUUCUGGCCGAAAAACCAUUGUAGUGAACUUCAUUGGCUUAAUCCCUGUGUCCAUCUGGGUAGCAGUUCUUCUAGGGGGCCUAGCCUACACAGCUUAUUGUCAGGACUUGUUCAGUGAGACUGAACUAGCCUUCCUAGUCUCUGGGGCCAUCCUGUAUGGCUGCUACUGGGUGGCCCUCCUCAUGCUCUAUCUGGCCAUUAUUGCCCGGAGGUGUGGGAAAAAGCCAGAGCAGUACAGCCUAGCUUUUGCUGAGGUGUGAUAUAACCCCGAGUAAAGUGGGAAAAGUGCAAUGGGUAAGGGAGGGGAGGGGAAUGGAAAAGACAGGGUGGGAGGGAGGAGGGAGUGUUGUGUUCUAGUUUCAUGGCUGAAAGGACAAAUCUGAAAUGCAAAGAACGGUGACUGGUGUGGCCUGGGUAGGUAGCUCUGCUCUGGAAGUGCAGCACUGAUUCUUCAGGUAUAGGGCAGAUGGACUUGUUUUCAGGCUACCUGUCUGCUUGCCCUUGCACAGGCAGUGAUCUCUGAGAAAACAUUUUACUUCCUUCUGGGAACUACAGAGAACCCAGAAAUGUGCUAAACCAAGUGCUAAAUUCCAUCCUGUGAAAACUGGUACAGAAGCAACGACAGUCUUUAGGAAAGUGUCCUCCUAGUCCACUUGAACAUGAUGAGAUAUAAGCGAAGUUCCCAUCAAGUCUGGCCAGCUAGUACCCCUUUCCCCAACCUCUAAUUAGCCAUCAAUGCAUUAAGUUUGUGCCUGAGAUAACAAGGCUGGGAAACCUGAUCUUUGGUCAGAAAACAGGGUCUAAGAAAUGGUGCUUUAUGUAAUAUACUCCAUUCCACACCAAAACAUCCCAGAGAUGAGCCAAGCCACCAGGAGUACUAAGUUUGGUGGGGUUUUAUUUGUGCAUAUUACAAAGGAAAGUUCGGUCAGGUGUCAUGGGUGUAAUCCCAGCACUUGGAAGGUAGAUAUGAGAUCAGAGGUUCAAGGCCAGGCUGGGCCACAUGAGAUCCUGUCUCUUACAAAAAUAGUUUGACAGGAGGGACAAAGAGAUUGUCAUGGUGCUAAAAACAUGGAGGCCUUGGACUGAACGUGUUCCGACUGGAAACUGCUCAGACUUUUACAAGGAUUCCAAAACUGUCAAGAGACCUUGCUGGGCAGAUCAAAUCUACCAGGAAGUUCAAAUGUGUUCAGGGAAGUCUUAGUUUUUUGGCUCAUUCAUACCUGGUUACUCUCGGGCUGGAGGGAUAGCUCAGCCGUUAAAGGCUAGGCUCACAACCAAAAAAACAUACCUGGUUACUCUCAAAUUCAGCUCUGAUCCGAGGCUAGACAUCCUACUCAAUAUUUCAUUUUCUUCAACGGCAAAUAAUUGUUCUUAGUUGUUGUUUUCUAUGGGGGGGGGCAGCAGUCCCCUCUCCAUUUUCAUGGGUAAGUUUCUUCACGUGGCAGAGAACUAACUCUUACAAGACUUACAAGGCUGCUCCCUACAUGCAUGGAAAGAAUAUCACUUCUGAUCACACUGCCCCUCAUCUUAGAACGGUCAGUACCUGGGCAGCUGGUUAGCAUGUGUGACUUUCAGAUACCCGUUCUCGACAAUCAUCCCCAGUGGAAAGCUUUCUGGUGUUGCCCAAACGAACCCUCAAGUCCAAGUUGGUCAUCUUUGAGACCUCCCAUUCUCCUCAGCGGCUUCUCCAAGGAAUCCUAUGGCCAGGUGAUGGAUACUCCUCCAUUUGCUGCUUCGGUCCGGAAACCAAGAGAGCCGGGACUGGUCCAGCAGUCUCCAGUCACUUCAGCACUCCCUCACACCCCCUCAUAGCUGCUUGAUUCCCCGCUUCUUCUGGGGAGUGAGGAGGAGCUUUUUAUAUCGUUUUGAAAUCCAGACCAGACUUAGCUUUUGGAUUUAAAACCUGGGAUCAUGACUAAGCCUUUGACUUUAGGGGUUGCCUCUACAUUUUCCAAACAUUUGUUCUCACAGGGGCCAGCUAAUCCCUCAGAACCAACCCUAAGGUGGAGAGCAGUGUACACAGGUGCUUCCUACAAAGGAAUGAUGUGCACUCUGAACCACAGAUGGGCAAACCCUAGAAUUUCCCUUCCUCUCAUGAACACAAGGGUUUUCCAUGUGUAGCUUACAGUUGCCACAGCACACAGACCUCAAGUUUCCAAUAAAAUUGCUGGUUGAUGUCAA